AUGAACUCCUCUCAGGUGUUUGAGUUCACUCUCAGUGCGUACCUGGACCCCGGGGUCUUGAAGUACUUGUUCUUCCUGGUUGUGUUGUUCUUGUAUGUGUUGAUAAUCUGUGCUAACGUGUUGCUCCUGGUGGUGAUCGGUGUGAACCGGAGCCUCCAUGAACCCAUGUACCUCUUCCUGUGCAGCCUGUUUGUGAACGAGCUGUACGGCAGCACGGGUCUGUUCCCGUUCCUGCUGGUCCAGCUCCUCUCUGAGGUCCACAGCAUCCCCGCUCCGCUCUGCUUCCUGCAGGUCUUCUGUCUGUUCUAUUACGCCUGUGUUGAGUUCUUUAACCUGGCCAUCAUGUCGUAUGACCGGUACCUGGCUAUCUGUCACCCUCUGCAGUAUAACACCCGGAUGACGCCUCACAGGAUCGCCCUGCUCAUCGCUCUGGUCUGGUUCUAUGCUUCUGUUCUGUGUGUGGUUCCCCUCCUGCUGAGCGCUCCUCUGCAGCUGUGCGGUCACAUGAUCAACAAAGUGUACUGUGAUAACUACUCCAUCGUGAAGCUCUCGUGCUCUGACACCACAACCAACAACGUCUACGGACUCCUCGGGGCCUCCUUCAGCAUCCUGUGUCCCUUAGGUCUGAUCCUCUACACCUACAUGAGGAUCAUCAGAGUCUGUUUCUCUGGGUCCAAGCAGACCCGACAGAAAGCGGUCAGCACCUGUACCCCUCACCUGGCCACCCUGCUCAACUUCUCCUUCGGGGCGUUCUUUGAGAUCAUGCAGAGCAGGUUCAAUAUGAGCAGGGUUCCCCCCGUACUGAGGAUCCUGCUGUCCCUUUACUUCCUGACCUGUCAGCCCCUCUUCAGCCCCUUCGUGUACGGUCUGAACAUCACAAAGAUCCGGGUCAUCUGUAAGAACCUCUUCUUCUCCUGAGCGCAGAGACCGCAGACGUCUGAGGGGAUCACAUGAGCUGCUGUGAUGCACCGUACUUUUCUUUAGUCCCUGAAAGCAUCACGGGUUCUUUCUUUAUUUGAAGAGAGGAAACCUCCUUUAGGACCUCUGAGUGUGGGGCUGUUCUCCUCUCAGGGUCAGACUGCAGAGGUCCCAGUCUGAGGAUCUGACCCUCUUAAUCUGGAUUAUAUUGAGCUAGAUGUUCUCUGUGUCUGAGGAGCUGAUGAGUGUCAAAUAAAGGAACAUGCUGAAAGUGA